ACCCAAAACUGGUAAUACACAGAAAGUGAGAAUGGCGAAGGCAAUAAAAUCCCUCUCUCUCUUGAUCGUUCUCUCGAUUUUCCUUUUGCUUGUAUCUGAUAUGCCAACGACAGAAGCACAGGAUGAAAGACAAUGCAAGAAAGAAUAUGGAGGUGACGUUGGUUUCCACUUUUGUGAUGCUCAAAAGUAUCCGACCAUGUGUCGUCAGAAUUGCAUUAAGGACAAGGGAGCUGAAGACGGUGAAUGUGAGAUGGAACUAGGCUGGUGGAUGUGCUAUUGCAUCUUCUGCGACGAAUAUGCACCACAACCACCAACUGAUGAUUACUGAUAUGUUUGGAUCUUUUGUUACGUUCUUGGUAUUUUGCAUAAGUUUUAUACUCAUGAUUUGAGUAACACGAUUGUGAGAUAGUCUAAGUAGUAAUAUAACAAAUAAAAUAAUCAUCAAUAUCACUGUUAUCAGGAAAUAAUUGUUAUUGUAAUCCAUUUUCUAUAAAAAAU